GUGACGUCAGCUCGUAGGCGCGCUCUCGCAGCCGCAAAACAGGCCUGGAACGGAAGCGGGAGGUGCGAGAGCUGCAGACUUGAUCUCAAGGGCAAAGGUACAACUCAGAGGGCGGAAGGAAGUGAAGUCAAUUGGGAAAAAAGAUUUGCCUGUCAUCAAAUUGGAUUUUCCAUCAGUCUGCAGACUGCUCUCGACAAUUGAAAGAUGAGUGAUACACACGGACGUAGCUUUGUUGAGGUUAUUUGUGAGAAGUAUAGCCCAGAAAACUUCCCGUAUCGACGAGGAAUGGGUUUUGGCAUCCACGUCUCUGUUGGGCCCGAGGGUUCACCUGUGAAAGCACGUCUAAACCUUCCUGCUAUCCUCGUGCUGGAUGGUUGCGGAAUUAACAGAGCCGGAGAGGAGAGUGACAUUGCUGCCUUCUGCUCGCAUGUUUCUGAACUCGACUUGUCUGAUAAUAAUCUGCAAGACUGGUACGAGAUCAGUAAAAUUGUGUCAAAUCUCGCCAAUCUGACCUUUCUAAAUCUCACCUCGAAUCCGCUGACUGAGGCCAGGUUAGACUCAACAUGUGCUACCUCUUUCUCACGAAUACAGAGACUUGUCCUCAACAAUACCAAGCUUUCAUGGGAAACCAUUCACACGUUUCUGCAGGAGUUACCAGGGUUAGAGGAACUCUUCCUGUGCUUUAAUGACUACACGGCAGUUUUGUUGUCACCCUGUUCCUACCCAUCACUUCGACUCCUACAUAUUACUGACAAUAAUCUUGCCGACUGGGCAGAGAUACACAAACUUGGACAGAUGUUCCCAGGUCUGGACACAUUAAUCCUAGCGAACAACCCUCUAGUCAGCAUAAUGGAUUCACAGGCAACUUUGGCACGACUUUUCCAAAAUCUGCGAUCGAUAAAUCUUCAUAACUCAGGACUAAACUCAUGGGAUGACAUUGAUAAAUUCAAAGCAUUUCCUAAACUGGAGGAAGUGAGACUUCUGGGAAUUCCAUUACUGCAGAAUUAUUCUGAGGAGGAACGACGCAAGCUUGUCAUAGCUAGGUUACCAUCUAUUAUUCUAUUAAAUGGGAGUAAAGUUGCAGGAGAAAGGAUAGAUGCGGAGCGAUUUUUCAUCCGUUACUACUUAAAUCAGCCAGAUGAAGAUUUACCUGAAAGAUAUCACGAGCUGGUAACACAAUAUGGUGUAUUGGAACCAUUGGCUGUGGUUGACCUCCGACCCCAGAGUCGUGCUAAGGUAGAAGUUCACUUUGAGGGUAAAGUUGAAGUGAUGAGCAUUCGUCUUGAUCAGACUGUGGCUGAUCUGAAGAAACAACUUCGGAAUGUCGUGCAAUUGUCAACCAAUAAUAUGCGCUUGUAUUACAUUGACCAAGACAUGGUAAAAACCUUCGGACCAGAAGAAAUGAAAUACAGCACACGUGCCCUUCACUCAUUUAGCAUUCGAGAUGGAGAUGAGAUUCAUGUAGAACCAAAAACAAAAUAGUCUUGUGAAUUUACUAACAAUCUUUACACUUUUUACACAAAUAUUUUGUUUGCUAAUGAAGGUGUUGCUGGGUUACAGUAUGUUUUCACAAUUGUAACUGUAAAAGGGUUAGUGAUCCAUGUAUAGGUACCGAUUAAUGCUGAAACUAGUUCACAAAAAAGAUCAAAGUUCCUGCCAGGGAUGGAGGAAAGUUUCUAUGAUGGACAUCAGAUAAAUCUGUUUGAGGCAAUCCAGUAAUUACAGAGGGUGAGAUCGCCAUCAGUCUUUGGUCAUUAGAGGCGUGGUGUAAUGUGAUUAUUGAAUAUGAUGGUGUAAAGUAUCACUAAUUACUGUGCACUAUUAAAUGAAAGCAAACAUUGAGUGAGGUAACACAAAUCUGGAGUUAGAGCCUUUAUGUAAUUGUUUAAUUACCAAUCUUUCAAGGUUUUAAGAACGUAAGUCACCAAUGUCACGCAAUAUGAUUUAUUGUGAACAGAAAGCUGGGAUUAUGUUCAAAGUACAAACAGUUCUUGCUCGUAGUCAGCACUGGAUAGUACCAUGCCAUAGUUUCAGUUCCAUCACUCACCCUCUUGCCAUCAAAAAGAGACAAUAGUAUACUUAAAACAGUUUUUUAAAACAAUCCACAGCAUGUACUUCAGCAGCAACUUUCAAAGGGGAAAUGGGUAUAUACUUAAAAAGGGAGAAAAAAAAACAGGCUAGUGGAAAAAGGACAGAGAAGUGGGAUGAAUUGGAUUGCUCUUCAAGGAGCUGGUCCAGUAUGGUAAUUUUAAAUGUCCUCCACAGUUUGAUAGUUUUAAUAUUGCAAAGACAGCAUUAUGAUUUUUGAAGUAAUGACAAAUCAUUUUAGCAGAAUCCUUUUCUUAGCAUUACAAUAUCUGGUUCAGUCCUCUUUGUGGUGUUUAUAUGUCAUAGGCAAUGAGCACUAAACUGCAUAGUCAGCACGUUGAAUUUAGCUCUACACUUUGAAUGUUGUUGCACACUGGCUACAGACUCCAUAUGCACUAUCACAGCACUUUAACAGUUGUAUAUGUGCAGUAUGUGGCUUUUGCAUUCCAUUCAGUGAGCUGACUCUGCAGUCUACACGCCCACAUAUAUGAAAUGGGUGUGGAUGUAUAUUUAUGACAUUACUAACGCAGGCAGAAAUGUAUCAAAAUAUAUGAAAGAUGAGAAUACCUUGAGUAUUGUCUCAUUGUUAUUUUCAACCAGGAGAUGUUAAGUAUUUGUAACAUGUUUUGUGUUUCUUUACUACAUUCUAUGUUUGAUUUUGUGCACACGUUUAAUGUAUUGAUCACAGAACUAAAUUAUUUUGUUUUUUUUAAUCCUGUUGAGUUUAAUGAUUUUUGCUGUGCACCUGUAAUCUAAUUAUCUGUGUGUAAUUGCUGUGUGAACAAUCCCUUCUCAGGGUUCAUUUUCCUCUCCGGCUUUAUAAUGCAUUGCUUGUCUCCUUUGAGAAGAUAUUAAUGCAUUGAUACUUCCAUGCAAGUAUUUGACAAAAGUGUUCAAUUUAAUCUAUUGUUUGCUGCACUGGAAGGAAUUGAUUUGCGUUUUGGAUUAAGGCUUAUGUAGAGCCAACUCAAGAUGUGGCCUAAGCAAGUGUUAACACAAAAAGGGACUUGUCUUCUAAGUAAGUAAGCUGAGUAUUGUUAGUAUAUAGCAAUUUGCUGCAUUCAAAGACUAACUUGAGGUGUGUAAUAACUAGUUGCCUGCAGUAUGCAAGAAACUCGCCCCAAGUCUAGUUUCAUACUGUUGAAUCUGCAUAUAUUGAAUUAUAUCUGUACUUUACAUUCUGUAGCCAAGAUGAUUUAUUUGUUAUUCUAUAUUAAUAAUGUGUGAAAUUGGGCACUGAGUUUAUUUGAUUAUGACAUUAUUCUCUGAAUGAUGUUUGCAAUUAUUACAUGUUAGAUAUUAUUUAAUAUGGGAUGCUGAUGGUGAAUUGACCUGUGAACUCAGAUUGCUUUUGUAUGUCAUUUCUAAAUGUUGAGGAUUUCUGCUGUGGUGCAAGGGUAGUGUUGGUGAGGAAAGUCUAAAUCUCAAUCUAAGAAAUGUCCAACAAGUUGUAGAUGUCAGUGACAGUCUCCACUCAUAUAGAGGUAGUAACUGACUUGUUUCCCCCCCCCCCCCCACCCCCACCAUUAUGGUAUUUUAUUUCUCAGCAAAGCGAAGGAAGCUACCUGGAUUUUGAAGAUCAGUUUCCUGGUGAUAUAUAGACUCAUCACAAUUUUGCUACAGGAGAUAAUCCAUGCAGAGUAUGCACAGACACAAUGUGAGAUAGCCGCUGUGGCCUCUGCAGAAGUGGGGCUACUGAAUGGCCUUACACCAUCCGUCCAGGUAAAGCUCAAUGAUCUGUGUGGCUGGCAGAAUGGUAAUGUAGCUGUCAGCCAUCUUCUCAAGAGCAAGUAAAAAUGAGCUAUAAGUGUCAGCCUUGGAAACAAUACAAACAACCAGGGAAUGGAUUUUUAAAAUGAUGGAUAAGGGUGUGUCCAUCAUUGUUCUUAUUGCCAUUCUAUGAAAGGAAAUGUAAUUUCAAGACUAGAAUAUAAAAGCAAGGAUGGAAUGUUGAGGCUUUAUAAGGCAUUGGUCAGACCGCACAGAGUAUUGUGCUGCAUUGGAAAGGGUCCAGAGGAGGUUCACAAAAAUGAUUCCAGGAAUGAAUGGCUUAAUGUAUGGGGUGCAUUUGAUGGCUCUUGGCCUGUACCCACUGGCGUUUAGAAGAUUGACGGGGGAUCUCAUUGAAACCUAUCAAUAUUGAAAGGCCUGAAUUAGAGUAGAUAUAGAGAAGAUGUUUCCUAUAGUGGUGGGGGGGGGGGGGGGGGGUGCGCGUGUCUAGGACCAGAUGGCACAGCCUCAGAAUAAAAGGACAUCCAUUUAGAACAGAGAUGAAGGAAUUUCUUUAGCCAGAGAGUGGUAAAUCUGGUAUUUAUUACCACAGACAGCUGUGGAGGCCAAGCAAUUGAGUAUAUUUAAGCAGAGGUUGAUAAGCUCUUGAUUCAUCAAGGCAUCAAAGAUUAGGGGGAAGAAGGCAGGAGAAUGUGAUUGAGAGGGACAGUAAAUUCGCCAUAGUGGAAUGGCACAGCAGGUUUGAUGGGCCAAGUGGCCUAAUUCUGCUGCUAUGGUAAUUCUGAGGGCUGAACUAUUUUUCGUAUUACUGUUAAAAAAUAAUAAUUUGAUUAUUUUAAAAUUUGGUCCCACUUAGAUGGUACUCUUUCAAAGUUGGGUUCCCUGAUUUUGAGGGGUUAGUAACAGCCAUACCACAUGCGCCUUUUAGUAAUGUAUCUAUUGCUCUGCCUCUUAAGAUGCCUUUAUUGCUACUUUCUUGCUGCCCCUCUUCAGUGAUCCCAGUAUUUUGUGUUACCAUCUGAUCUCAUAUUAGAACCUGCAUGUUGAUCAAUCAUGUUGAUUUGUUCUGUGUAUGAUAUAUUAAUCUAAAGCUUCCCCUUAAUGAAUCAAGCUCUGCAUUACUGAGUCAACCUCAACUGUACUGCAUGUAAAUUUUUAUUUUAGUAAAGCAGUUAGCAUAAAUAUUAUUGACUGAAAAAAUAUAGGGAAUAUUUUAAGUACUGUAAAGCUUAAUGAAUUAUCAUGACCAAUAAAAUGCUCAGUUUCAAUA